UAUAUAAAGAUGUUUAGUAUAUGCUUUACUAAUACCAAUCGUAAAAAUGCCUGUGAAAGCUUAUCUCCCUCUCUUGAUCCUCCUAAUCAUCUCCGGCGCCGUUUACGGCCGUUUCAUCAGCGACUAUUCCGGCGAUCUCAUUUCCGACGGUGUCUCGGAGAUUCUCCGGCUGGACCGAAUUUCGGCUGCGGAGGAGAAUUGCGAACAGAGUUAUGGAUUUUUGCCUUGUACUAAAACUGCUCUCGGAAAUGUCUUCCUCAUUGUUGUAUACGGUUACCUCAUGUUCCUUGCCGCCACGUAUCUCUCUUCUGGUAGUGAAUUGUUGCUGGAGAUUUUAGGGCCGGGUCUUAUUGGUGGACUUUUCCUUCCCAUGCUUGGUGCUCUUCCUGAUGCUAUGCUCAUUCUCGUAUCGGGGAUAUCUGGAAGUACUGCAGCUGCUCAGAGCCAGGUCUCUGUAGGAAUGGGCUUGCUAGCUGGGUCAACUGUGAUGCUUAUUACUGUUAUUUGGGGAACCUGUUGCAUUGUUGGCAAGUGCGACAUACAAAAUUCUGUUGCCGUAGACUUGAAAGACACUAAAGGAUUCAGCUUGACGGGUUCUGGUGUUAGUACUGACGUCUGGACAAGCCAUGCUGCAACAAUAAUGGCCGUGUCUGUAACUCCAUUUCUUGUUGUCCAACUGCCACAGCUCCUCCAUUCAACUUCAGGAAGACAUUUGGCUGUCUUGAUUGCUCUUAUCAUAUCACUUACACUGCUUGUUUCUUAUUGUCUCUAUCAGGUCUUUCAGCCUUGGAUACAGAGAAGACGGCUUGCUUAUGUAAAACAUAAGCAUGUUAUAUCAGGAGUGUUGAAACAUUUAAGAAUGCGUGCAUUGGGGAGGCUUUGCACUGACCAGGGAGCACCAAAUAUAGAAGUUUUGGAAAAGCUAUUCAAGGCAAUUGAUGAAAGUGAAGAUGGAUAUCUUUCUCGCUCUGAAUUAAAAGCUCUAGUAGUAGGAAUCCGUCUAGAGGAGAUAAACUUAAAUGAGAAUGAUGCUGUAGAAAAGCUGAUGAAAGACUUUGAUACUUCUCAUGAUCAACGAAUUGAAAUGUCUGAGUUCAUUGCCGGAGUUGCAAAAUGGCUUAAUGAGGCCAGGGGUUCCAAGGGUCCUUCUAUUGAAGCUGGUCCUGAUACAAUGAAGUACCUCGCUGAUUUGCAUGAGGAAGCAAGAAGAGAACACCAUUUCUUAGGGGAUCAAAAUGACGAAAGUGUUGAGGCUGUUGAGAAUCCCCGAUCAAUUGCUAUUAAGGCUGUUCUAUUGCUGUUGCUGGGCACUGUCAUUGCUGCUGUGUUUGCUGAUCCCCUCGUGGAUGCUGUCAAUAAUUUCUCCAGUGCCACAAGCAUUCCUACUUUCUUCAUCUCAUUCAUUGUGCUGCCAUUUGCAACCAACUCCAGUGAGGCAGUGUCAGCUAUUAUCUUUGCUAGCCGGAAAAAUUUGAGAUCUGCAUCAUUAACAUUUUCGGAGUUGUAUGGAGCAGUGACAAUGAACAAUCUCCUUUGUCUAUCCGUCUUCCUGGCUCUUGUAUAUGCCAGAGGAUUGACAUGGGACUUCUCAUCUGAAGUGCUGGUUAUUCUAAUUGUUUGUGUUGUCAUGGGCGUCUUUGCGAGCAUCCGUAGCACCUUUCCCCUUUGGACUUCUUUGCUAGCGUUUCUGCUCUAUCCCUUCUCUCUUGUACUUGUAUAUGUUCUUGACUACAAAUUCGGAUGGUCUUAGAUUCUUAUGGUUGAAUUCGUAUAUUUUGAGCUAUGCCGCACUUAAGUUGGUCUUGGUGUCCUAGAACUUCAUUAACUUAAGAGCUGAGGUGAUUUGGUAGUAACUUAUAAUUUCAAACUGCUGUUUAGUGGUUACAGGUUUUCAUUUUUCCCUGUAAUAAACCAUCUCUUAAAUGUUAAGCUGUUUGCUUUUGCAAUUCAGUUUCUCUCUUUUUGAUGAAA